AUGGGUCUCUCAGAGAACAAGCAGCGCAUGGCUCGUGGCGAGCUGUACACAGCUUUUACCCCAGAACUAACCGCAGAGCGUGCACGUUGCAAACACGCAUGCGCACGCUACGCCAGCGCUGGCGAAGCCUCGCGUCGAAAGCUGACCGAGCUCUUCAGAGACAUCAUCCAAGACAGGACUGCACUGCCGCCUCUAGCAGCAACGCCAGAGCAGGACGAUGUGCUGUUCGAAGACGACCCUUGGAUCGAGCCCCCACUAGCCAUGGACUAUGGCUACAACGUGCGCCUCGGCAAGAACGUUUUCAUAAACUUCAACUCGGUGUUUCUGGACACUUGUUUGAUCACGAUUGGUGAUCGUACACUUGUUGGUCCCAACGUCUCGUUCUACUCCGCCACGCAUCCGUUGGAUCCAGUGAUCCGCCAGGGAACACGCGGUCCGGAGCUUGGGAAGGAGAUCCAUGUUGGACAUGACUGCUGGAUUGGUGGGAACGCUGUCAUCCUUCCCGGAGUCACGAUAGGCAGAGGUUGUGUUGUGGGCGCUGGCAGCGUGGUUACCAACAACGUCCCAGACUUCAUGGUUGUGGCAGGUAAUCCGGCUCGUAUCGUGCGGAAGGUCGAAACCCAAAUGGACCCCACGCAGAGUGGUACCGAACGGAGCGGUUGGCCCGGCCCCGGCGAACAAAUGGAUGGUGCUGAGGUGCACAUGCCGAAGAUGCCAGAGGCCAACAUGCAGCUACAAUAA